AUGGCUACCACUAGUGAAAAUAUUAACUCUGAGGGAGAGAAGUCGAGCGAGCAUUUGAACAUCAAUGACGCCGCCAGUGUGGUGACAUUUAACUCAGGCGAUCCUGAGAAACUAAGAAUGAUAAAUAUACCAUUGGAAAAUUUCCCGUCGCCAAUGGUAGAAGAUGGAAAGCCUAAAUCUUUGGAGCUCGAUUCUGCUCAAGGUAACGACGCAGAAGUAAAAGAAGAUAAUAAACAAGAAAAUAAAGAAGCUAACAAGCAGUCUAGAAUUGGCUCAAGCGAUAGUGUGAUAGCAUUAGAUGACACACAAAGCUCUAAAAAAGAGGAGAGAGACCUUGAAGAUUUUCAAGAGAUUCCGCUUGAAAAUCUGCCUUAUACCUGCUUUACGCAUCAACAAGUUUUCCUAAUAUUUGCCAUAGUCAUAUAUAUUGGUUUUUUGGGUCCUAUGGCCGGUAACAUCUACAUCCCUGCACUACCACUGUUACAAAGAGAAUUCCUCGUUGACGACACUACUAUAAAUUCGACAGUUUCUGUUUUCAUGGGAGUAUUUUCAGUAGGUCCCUUAUUCUGGGGCAUGUUUGCUGAUUUUGCUGGAAGAAAGUUUCUAUAUGUAAUUUCGCUUCUACUUCUACUGAUUGUUAACAUUUUGUUGGCGACUGUACCCUCCAAUAUUGUGGCAUUAUUCGUGCUAAGAGUUUUUCAAGCAUUUGGCUCCAGUUCGGUGAUCGCCUUGGGAACUGGUACAGUGAGCGAUAUUUCACCGCCGAAAGAUAGAGGUAAGGCGAUAGCAUAUUUUAUGAUGGGCCCAAAUAUGGGUCCUAUCUUAGCUCCAAUUAUUUCAGGUCUAAUCCUAAUACGAGGAGAUUACUGGAGAUGGCUUUUCGGUUUUACUAGCAUUAUGAGCGGUAUAGCUCUUUUAUUGGUACUUGCUUUGUUACCUGAGACAUUGAGAUGUAUAGUUGGUAACGGAGACCAGCGUUGGAGAUCAGCAGAAAGAGGCAGUAAAAAUUCUGCGAGUGACCGUGAAAUUGGUGAAACUAUACAAACACCCAAGAUUAACUUAUUUCAGGAUAUUGGAAUGCAAAAACCAGUCAAUGGUAGUUCCCAAUUCAGCCGACUGUAUCCAAAGCCUCCAAAACCAUCUCUUAUUAUGUAUUGGCACAUGAUAAAAUUCCUACCACUAACCGUGGCAUCAUUGAGCACUGCUUUACUGUUUGCCAGUUAUUAUGCAUUUAGUGUCACUUUUGCCCGUUUUCUUCAGACUGACUACAAUUUAUCAAUGCUAGCCGUUGGUGCCGCCUACGUGUGUCCUGGAGUUGCCAUGUUACUAGGUUCACAAGUGGGUGGACAUCUCUCUGACUAUCUUAGAAAGCGCUGGUUGCUUUCCCACCAAGGAUUACUUUACCCGUUAGAGUAUCGUUUAAUUCUACAAGUGUGGGGCAUAAUAAUUAACACAGCAGGCUGCAUUGGCUAUGGUUGGUCAAUUGAGCGCCAUUAUCCAUUGGCGGUUGUCCUUGUAUUUUCGGCAUUAAAUGCCUUUGGAUUAACGUGGUGCAGCAACACUACGAUGACUUAUAUAAGUGAACUAAUGGCUAAGCGCACAGCUGGCGCCAUAGCGGUGAGCAGUUUCUUCCGAAACGUAGGGGCUACUAUAAGCUCUGCAAUUAUUAGUAAGUUGUAUUUGUCGAUGGGAAUCGGUUGGUGUUUUUCAGGUUUAGGUCUCUGCAACAUAAUUUCCCUAGCAGCCAUCCUCUAUUUAAUAAAAUUUGGGAACCGCUUCCAUCAGGAGUUCACAGCUUAG